CUGGCCGCCGAUUUUGAAGUCACAUAGAAUAGACAAGCAAAAUGGUUCUCGCCGUCGAUCUCCUCAACCCGACUCCUCAGUCGGAGGCUCGCAAGCACAAGCUCAAGACCCUCGUCCCCGCUCCCCGAAGCUUCUUCAUGGAUGUCAAGUGCCCCGGCUGCUUCACCAUCACCACCGUCUUCUCGCACGCCAACACAGUCGUCGUCUGCCAGGGAUGCUCACAGGUCCUUUGCCAGCCAACUGGUGGCAAGGCUCGCUUGACAGAGGGCUGCUCUUUCCGAAGGAAGUAAAAAGUUCGCGCAUGUGAAUAGGGUGGAUCAAGGUCUCAUUCGUCAUGAGGGAUGCGUCGGGAAAGUGCACCAUACCGGCGUUUGGGUAGAAGAGGCAUGCUCCUCUUGGGCAAAAUCAAUCUGUUGGCCACGCAGGCCGAACGUCAAUUGUGUCUCGACACUUUCGUCCCAUGGAAUUCCUGUGCCCGCUCGUUUCCUCUUACAAACAUCAUCGUGUGCGCUGUGAAGAACAUGGUCCUCGGCUGGAAAUGGAUGGUAUCGAAUUUUUUUGGCCAGCAGCAAUUGAUGUUACGGUUGACCCUUGGUUUGGUCUUUCGAAGUACGCUCAAAUCGAAGAGACUAUUCAACAUACCACAAUCAUCACACCCCAGUGAUCGAAGACCAAAGCACCUGUGAACAAUGAGGGGAUCCGCAUCGUGAGACGACAACCUUCUGGCUGAUAUCCUUACUUGCCCUUUCGUCCCCCCUUUCCACCUUUCAAGUCACCAAU